GCGGCGACCCAGACAUCUGGGACUGUUGUUGUUCUCUCGCCUCACGCCCGCCUCAGUCAGUUCGAGCUGAGAUCCGGAGCUGCUCUGCCGGGGAGGCUGGUGACAGUCUCCGCCUUCUCUCCCGGUUCGCUGGAGCUGCGGCUGGGGCUGGGGCUGACCGAACGCCUCGCGGUUGGUCUCCGAUGCCCUUCGGCGAGGAGGGGGCGUCUGGACCCUGGUGAGCGCACCCGGAGCCCACCCAACUCGGUGUCUUCACCCGCCUCUCGGGCCCGCACACCCGUGUGUCUGCCAUGGCUGAGAACGCAGAUGGUGACCUGAACUCCAACCUGCUCCACGCCCCCUACCUCACCGGGGACCCCCAGCUGGACACGGCCAUCGGGCAGUGGCUGCGGUGGGACAAGAAUCCCAAAACGAAAGAACAGAUUGAAAAUCUCUUGCGGAAUGGGAUGAACAAGGAACUGCGUGACCGUCUUUGUUGCCGGAUGACUUUUGGGACAGCAGGACUUCGAUCUGCCAUGGGGGCAGGAUUUUGCUAUAUUAAUGACCUUACAGUAAUACAGUCAACACAGGGGAUGUACAAAUACCUGGAGAGGUGUUUUUCAGACUUCAAGCAGCGAGGCUUUGUUGUUGGGUACGACACUCGGGGUCAAGUAACCAGCAGCUGCAGCAGCCAGAGGCUUGCUAAACUCACUGCUGCAGUGUUGCUUGCUAAAGAUGUUCCUGUUUACCUUUUCUCGAGAUAUGUUCCUACACCUUUCGUACCAUAUGCAGUGCAGGAGCUCAAAGCAGUUGCAGGUGUGAUGAUCACGGCAUCUCACAACCGCAAAGAGGACAAUGGAUACAAGGUGUAUUGGGAAACUGGUGCUCAAAUCACAUCUCCUCAUGAUAAAGAAAUUCUGAAAUGUAUAGAAGAGUGUGUGGAACCAUGGAAUGGUUCCUGGAAUGAUAAUUUAGUGGACACCAGCCCUCUGAAAAAAGAUCCUCUCCAGGACAUCUGCAAGAGAUACAUGGAAGAUCUGAAAAAGAUCUGUUUUCACAGGGACUUAAAUUCAAAGACCACCUUAAAGUUUGUGCAUACCUCCUUUCAUGGAGUUGGUCAUGACUAUGUGCAGUUGGCUUUUCAAGUAUUUGGUUUUAAGCCUCCAAUUCCGGUCCCAGAACAGAAAGAUCCAGAUCCAGAGUUCUCUACUGUUAAAUGCCCAAACCCUGAAGAAGGAGAAUCUGUGCUGGAACUCUCCCUAAGACUGGCAGAGAAAGAAAAUGCCCGGAUAGUGCUAGCCACAGAUCCUGAUGCAGACCGGCUGGCAGUAGCGGAACUUCAGGAGAAUGGUCACUGGAAAGUUUUCACAGGGAAUGAGUUGGCAGCUUUGUUUGGGUGGUGGAUGUUUGAUUGCUGGAAGAAGAGCAAACCGGACGCUGAUGUGAAGAAUGUUUACAUGCUGGCCACCACCGUCUCUUCUAAAAUUCUAAAGGCGAUUGCACUGAAAGAAGGAUUCCACUUUGAGGAAACAUUACCAGGCUUUAAGUGGAUUGGAAGUAGGAUAAAAGACCUCCUAGGACAUGGGAAAGAAGUCCUUUUUGCAUUUGAAGAGUCUAUUGGCUUUCUGUGUGGAACCUCCGUGUUGGAUAAAGAUGGGGUGAGUGCAGCUGUGGUUGUUGCUGAGAUGGCCUCUUUCCUGGAAACCAGGAAGGUGACCCUGACAGAGCAGCUGGCCAAAGUUUAUGAAAAAUACGGUUAUCACAUGUCCAAAACUUCAUAUUUCUUGUGUUAUGACCCACCUACCAUCAAAACUAUAUUUGAAAGGAUUCGCAAUUUUGAGUGUCCGGGGGAGUACCCAAAGUUCUGUGGGGCCUUUGCUAUCUUGCAUGUACGAGACAUAACGACUGGAUAUGACAGCAGCCAGCCCAGUAAGAAGUCAGUACUGCCCGUAAGUAAAAACAGCCAAAUGAUCACGUUUACUUUUCAAAAUGGCUGUGUUGCCACUCUUCGAACAAGUGGGACAGAACCAAAGAUAAAGUAUUACGCGGAGAUGUGUGCAUCACCUGGCCAGAGUGACACCGCCUUACUGGAAGAAGAAUUAAAGAAACUCAUUGACGCUCUGAUAGAGAAUUUUCUUGAGCCCAGUAAGAACGGCCUGAUCUGGCGUUCUGUAUAGGGCACUGCAGAACAUUACCACUUUGCACUGACAUGGAACGAAGCACUCUGGACAGUGAACCUUGUGUUGGAAUUCUCUCAUCUGCCAAGCUAUCUUUCCCCUUCUCUUUCCUUUGUUCAGCUAAAUAGAUGAUAUACAUUUGAAAUGAAAAUGUUUUCAUAAUCUUAAAUGACAGUCAUUACGUUGAACGUGUUCAGUGGCCCUCCAUUCCUUCUGUGUCACAAACAGUACAAAAGUGAGUUUGCUUAUUAAACUGUGGUUAAGCUUAAUUACAUGAUGUAAUUGUGUAUAGCAUGGUUUAAAAGAAACAUUAUAUAAUAUAGGGUUAGUUAAGGAAAUUAUUUCUUAAAGGUGUGUAUGUUGCCUGGGGUGUUCCACACCCAUUGUGGAAAAGUAUCAUUGUCAUGAUGUAGGUAUUGAUUUUCAAGUUAGAAACCCAGGUUGGUGGCACAUUCCUGUAAUUACAGCCCUCAGGAGGCUGAGGCAGGAGGAUCAUUAAUUAGUUUAUGGCCAGCCUGGGUUGCACAAAAAAAUUCUGUCUCAAAAAAAAAAAAAGUUUGUAGGUUUUUUUUUUUUUUUUUUUUUUUUUUAGGUUUUGUGACCUAGGACAGAUGUCACAGUCUGUGGUUUUGCACCUCUGUCUCAGGUGCCCUUGCUAUGGUGUAUAUUUACUGUAUGUAUUUAAGACUGAUGUUUACUGAACAUAAAACAAUAGUGGCAACUCUCCCAGUGGCUUUGUUCUUGUCUAAUUUCUCAGUACAUUCUCAGGGUGCGGUGUGAACGAAACAGUGUUCCGGCAUUGGAUAUAAUUUCAUCAGUCCAUUUUCUGAUGGUUAAGGGAAAUCUUCCCAACUGCAUAGGUGCUUCCUAUAUAGAAAACAGGUUUGUUGGCUCUAAAAAUGGUUGUAGAAAAAAAGAUCUUAAUAAAAUCUGGCUUAAUGUAACUAUAGUUGAGUCUUCGUGCAAGGAUUCAGUUAUCAUAGCCUGUAAGUGAAAAAAAAACCUACUGUGGAAUGAAUGUGGCAUUUGACAGUCUUAUUGAAUUACAUUUUUAUGAGUAGAUGUAUUCUUUUAUCUGAAAAGUGAUGCUAAUCUUACCAAGAAAUGGAACAUCAGAUAUAGGUAUUUUCUGCCACCUUGAUUCAACACCCAGUCUCAUUUGAUCUCAGAAGCUGAACAAGGCUAAGCAUGGUUGGUGCUUGGGUGGGAAAUUUGGGUAUUAUGAAAUAUGAAAGUGCUGUUUAAGACCAAUGUGAAUUUAUUUUAGUGUGUUGCUGGCUUUGGACUUUCAGAUAAUAUAAAUAUUCUUCUUUUUCCGUGUGAAAACAGUUUUCAGGAAAGUCAUUUGUGGUUGAUUCUCUAGCACUCUGAAAAGCACUAAUAGAGAAAUAUUGUCUAAGCUUUCCGAAUUGUGUAUCUCCCUACAUAGUUUACAGAAUACAUGCUAUAGUUAGGAUAACAGUAACAAGGCCUUGGGGUGUAAUCGCUUAAACCAAGUUUCCUAUACGGUACAGCACUGAUACUAAUUUAUUUCCUAAAAAUAGUAAUAUAUUGCCUAAACAGAUUAGAAAGUUAAUUAAAUCACGGUUUGGGUUUUUUACAGACUUGAGCUAAUUUUGGUUGAGCUUGUGUAAUCCAAACACAGUUUUUAAAGUAUGUUGCCACUAUUGUUAAUUUGUUCCUUCCUUGCUGUUAGAGCUGGGUCCUAUAUGACUGUAGAUAAUAGCUAUUAGUGUACAGUGCCAUUUUCUGUAUGGGUUUAUUUUAAAGGCUUUGCCUUAGAGAAGAAGUAUAUGGAAUGUUUUGUUUUAUUCUUAAGAUGUAUAAAACAUUUUUGUUUAUUGGCUGAUAGGAGUAUAAGUGUAACUUAGGAAAUGGCAUGUAUUUACAAAGCUGUACAUAUGGAAAAUAUGCACAUUAAUUUCAAUGUCUGUGUUCCAGUGAUCCAAGAACAAAAUGAAACUAAAGUGAUGUGAUAGCUAUUUAUUAUCACAAAAUCCAUGUCAUGAUUGUCAUCCACUUACGAAGAGAACAUUUUUGUUUGAAUGCUGUAGCAUAUACAAGAUAUGUCAUCUUAAAGUGAAGUUACUGACAUUUGAGCUCUUACCUUGAAGGGCUAAAUUCCAGUUAUGUGUACAGGUUCCCAAAGUGUAUAAGUUGAAGAAACUAUUUGAUUUUGUUCAAAUUCUUGACUGUGUCUGAACAUGUUUACUUAAACUUGGCAUAGUGGGUGCAUAGGUCCCUGACAGGAAAGAGAUGUCAGCCAAUGAGUCUCAGCUUCGGCACUACAUUUGUUCAUUUCUUUUCUUUUUUCAACAGUAGUAUGACAAUGAAUGCAUUUUCUUUGAGUGAAUAAAUCAGAACAGGUGUUUUCUGGAGCAUUAGGAAGAAGAAUUAGGCUGGGACAGAGCCCAGUGGUAAAGCACUUUUCUAGCAUGCAGAUAAAGCAAAGAUAGCUGUUAUGUUUGCGGGGGGUGGGGGUGGGGGACACGUGGGAGAAGGUUGUCAUUGAUGGGCAAAAAUCAAAGAGUAAAGUGGAAAUAUCAGUAGAGACUGACAAAUAAUAUAUAAAAGCUAGCAAUGGCAGCAUGAGAAAUGCUUCUUGUGAACCAUAAUCCAAGUGCUAUUAACAGUGGGGUGAACUGUAUGUGAGGCCGUUCACUUGUGUUUGUGAGCAGACGGCAAGUCUACCAUUUUCCUUCAGUCAUUACCACUGAAGAGAAGCCCCGUUCUAGGAGGAGAGGGAAAAGCUCUCUUAUUAUGGAUCCCAUUCCUCCUGGGAUAUUCUUUCAAAAUCACACGAGAACGAGAGACGAGAAAGAACAAAACUAAAAGAAAUAAAACUAAGGAUUGUAAAAUAUCACCUCUAAGAAAAAGUUCAAGGACUGAAAGUUGUUGAGUUCAUUAACUAAAUCAUAAGUUAUUCAUUGGGGUUUUACUGAAGGAAUGAAUCAAAGUAAAGAACACUAAUGGCAUCCUGUCGAUCCUUAGUGAAGACACCACAAGGAAUAAGGACGUAAAAUGAAUAGGAAAGACUUGUUAUAAAAACAAGAAAAGAAGACAUGGUGGGUAGAAGGGGACUAGUUGAAAAGGGAAGUCAGCAGGAGUAGGAGGGGGUUAAGAGAAGGGUGAUGGGGUGACAGUGAUCGAAAUGCAUUUUAUACACAUAUGUAAUUGUCAGAAAAUUAAUAGACAAUGUGAAAUGUUUAAGAGGGGAGGGGUGAUAUUGAAACCUUAAAGAUUCCUUCAUAUACACUUUUAAAAAUCAGGUUGGAACAAGACUUCUGUAUAGAGCACUAACGGUGAGUUGUGUUCACCCCCUAUCUAGAGUUUGGCUCGCAAAUUCCUUGUGUAUAGUUUGAAUGGCAGGUGCAUGAGCACAAUAAUGGGUGUUCUUUUUAAUUUGUAAACUGUAUGAGAUUUGAAGACACUCGUGUUCAUCUAGGAGAACGCAUGGCUUUAUAAGAUAUUUGAGAUCUAUUGCAAAUAAAAAAGUAUCAGUAUUUGGCUAUAGAAACUUAAGACAGAUUCCAAGAGAAUAGAUACUUUGUGAUGUCUGCAUACAACAAGUAGACCCCCCCCCCAUUUCUUCAUCAAGAUGCUUCUGGAAUUGACUCAACAAAAACAUUAAGUGGAAGUCUCCUUGAGAAGUUCAACAAAUGCUGCUACUACUUCUAUUUCCAGACUUUUCCACUGGUGUUUUCAAAGCUUGAAAAAUACAAAUUCCAGUUGGAUACAUUUGAUUUCACACCUUUCUUGCUCUACCUCCCUCUCCCCACGACACCCUCUACCUUCUGUUACUGUGAAACACUACUGCCCUGUUACCUCACUGGUCAGAGCAUUAACUGUGUUCAUUCGGAUGCUUUAAACUUGGUCGUGACUGUUUACAGAUGAUUGUUUUACUGUUGUCAGAAUAUUUGAGACGUACUGUAUGAUGUAACUUUAAUGUCUUUUAGUGCCCGUUUCUGCUUGCCAUAGAUGGUGUUGCUGUGGCCUUUUACAAUGCAUUUAUUUUCUGAAUUUGUUCUUGAAACUGACGAGGAAACAGUUAUAUUGUCCAAAUCGGUCGGUUGGUCUAGCAUUUUAUUUGGGAUGGGGGCAGGUCCCUGGCUUUGAGCAGUCAGAGCACAAAAGUCGAGGAGAUCAUUUUUCACAUCUGUCCAAAGCAUUUUAUCCUAAACUGAAAGAAGUCUGAAGAGAGAGCUGGGUGUCUAAUCCCAGCCCUGGAGAGACUAAGGCAGGAGAAUUGCUGUGAGUUCAAAGUCAGCUUAGAUUGCAUGGAGAGCUCCAGACCAAACAUAAAGCAAAAUAAAAGAUGGCGCACACCUUCAAUCCCAGCACUCAGGAGGCAGAGGCAGGCAGAUCUCUGUGAGGCCGAGGACAGCCUGGUCUACAGAGUGACAGCCAGAACUGUUUCACAGAGAAACCUGUCUCAAAACCAAACAAAAGACAAAAAAAAGCCUAAAAUAGAAGAGAAUGGUACAUUGCCUGACUCGUCACAACGCGCUGGUUUAGAACCAGUCAGAAACAAAGCAGAAUCAGUGUUUAUUUUUUUUCAGUGUUCGUUGGAUUAGUACACCCAACAAGUCAUCUCCCCUCUGCUAAUUGAGAGCUAUCUAUACUUUAAAAAGAAAUCUUAUAAAAAAAAAAAAAGAGGCCAAGAGGGCAAAGUAACCAGAGUUUGCUUCCUAAAUUUUCCAUCAGUAGAACCCUAAAUCAGAGGAGUGUGAAAAGGAUGGGUAAUGGAGCCCUGUGAGAAAAACCCAGAGAAGCCCAUCACUGACAUGCGAGUCCCUGUCUGGCUCUGAGUCACCAGGGGAUUCUGAAUUCUCUGCAGUAAAGUAUAAUAUAAAGAUGAACUUCAUGCGGGGCUGGGGAUGUAGCUCAGCACUGGAGGGCUUUCCUGACAUGCCAAAGGGUCCUAGAUAGCAAUAUUCCCAGCACCACACAAAAAAAUACCAGAAAGAAACAAAUUUGUCAUGUGUUCCUCAGUUCCCAGCCCCAUCUCCCAACCUGCAAUUGCUGUUUUUUUUUUCCUGGAAGGACACAUAAUCUUAUUUUAAUUUAAUAGAUCCUAGGAUAUUCUCUGCUCCCUAACCUAUACUUCCAAAGUAGUAAUGCCAGGUUAAUUACCUGCAACGGCUAUGUUACUUUGAGCCGUAUAAGAUUGUCUGAGGUAUUAGCCAUUUAUUCUGUUUAAUUCACUGACUCUCCUUGACACACCAGUCAGCUGCCUGAGAGCAAAGAUCAUGAUUUAUUGUUUUUAAUAUCUACUCUGCUUAAUUCGGUAUCUCCUGUUUUGCAGUAUUUAACUGGUGAUAAUAGUAAUUAAGAGGUUUUGUUUUAAAGUAAAAUUUAAAAGGUAACAAAAACAGUAGUUUUCCAGUUAAGUUUUAAAGAUACACAUUAUUACUGAACUGGGCAGUAAGCGAGGUUUAGUAAGCAUGCACACCCUUAAGACACUGGAUGUCUUAUUAGCGUCUGUGUUGUUCCAAAAGCAACUUUGGAAGAAAAGGGUUUAUUUCAUCUCAGAGCUUAGACGUCCAACAGUGAGGGAAGUCAGGGCAAGAGCCUGGCUGGAGCUGAAGCAGAGACCGUGGAGGAUUCCUGCUUACUGGCUUGUUCCCAGUGGCUUUCCUGCUUUCUGAUAGCGUCCAGGACCACCAGCCCAGUCUGGGACAUCAGGCCAGUCGGUGGAGGCAUUUUCUCAAUCGAGGUCCCCUCUUCUGAAAGGACUAGCUUGUGUCAAGUUGACAUAAACCUAUGCAGCACUCUCAGUUUCUUUGGGGAGUGCAAAGCAUUUUUCCUCAUGAAAACCAUAACAUAUUUUCUCACAAAACAAGGGUUUGGCCAAGAUGGCUACGAAUGUAUCUUACAUGGGUCGAGCAUCACUUAUCUGUAUGCCAUUUUUUGAACUCAUAACCCCACCUUAUAAGUGAGUCAUCUGAUUUGAUACUUGACGCAUUUUGUCCAAUAUUAGGAUUCAUCGUGUGUGUUAUUGGAGUCACUCAGGCAAAAAUAAGUGGGGGGGGGGGGGUGGAGAUAUCUAUAUAUGGCGAGUCCUUGUUGUAGGCUACAGUAAGCUCUUGGUAUACAUUGAAUGUGACAGAUAAAACAAUCAAGAAUGGAUUAAUUUUCUAAUAGCUCCGAAUCGUGCCCUUGUUUUAAAAGCUUCUGUCAAUAUCCCAUCUUCCCCUGUGAAAAUAACAGUAUAAUGUGAGCCUGUGAGAAUUUGCACUUUGUGUAUUGGUGUGUGGAUUCCUGUGGUUUUAAUCAAAUGAGAUAUCCUCAAUAAUAAACAGGUCUCCAUAGGCA